ACGGGCUUGAUGUGCCGUCGUGCGCCUCCCGGCCCGGCGCAACAGAGUCGACGACAUGGCCGAGGGGGGAUUGACUGAUAACGAGCCGCCAAACUAUGACCUGAUCAAAGACUGGAGGUCCAUCGUCACCCUCGUCGCCUUCAUUCUCGCCAGCGUGCAGACAUCGCCGUCCUCUUUCCCUUCCAUGUCCCCAUCUACAUUCCCAGGCUUGUGUACGAUGCCUUUCUGGACUGCUUGAGUGCUGUGCGCAUCAUUUCACCGAGGGAUCGCGAUGAGCCGGGGACCGGGUCGGAGGAUGACGAGCAUGGCUCACCCCGCGCCACCAGGGCUUCGGCCUUCGUGCGCUUCAGAUUCCCCAUGAACCUCAUCACCGCACCUCUCAUAGCCGACCUCUUCCUUCUUGCUAUUGUGGCCAUCGGCGCUACCGAGGUGCACGAUGGCACAAUUGGCGCGAACAACAUCUCGCCCCUGGACAUCAUGCUCUUCUUCAUCUCGCUCGCCUAUAUCGCCAUCUCCAUCGACGCGUCCGGCAUCAUCCGCUAUCUGGCAUUCAAGGUGCUGCAAUGGGGCGGUGAGAGCGGCCACCGCUUGUUCUUUUACCUCUACGCCUUCUGGUUCGCCCUCACCAGCUUUGUCGGGAAUGACCCUGUCAUCCUCUCCGGGACCGCUUUUCUGGCAUACAUGACCCGCGUCUCGAGCAACAUCGUCCACCCGCGCGCUUGGAUCUUCAGCCAGUUCGCCGCAGCCAACAUCGGUUCCGCCAUCCUGGUUUCGUCCAACCCGACCAACCUAGUCCUCGCCGGCGCCUUCGAGAUCAAGUUCAUCGAGUACACGGCGAACAUGAUUGUGCCCGUCAUCGUCACGGGAAUCAUCCUGUUCCCCUUCCUGCUCUACAUCGUCUUCAACAAUGAGUCGCUCAUUCCCCGUUCCAUCGAGAUGCACAAGCUGCCCGAGGAAGCACAGGGGCGCAAGCCCGUCAACCCGAACAUCCCGCACGCCCGCGGAACUGCGGAGCAGAAAGAAGACACCCCCGGCGAGGAAGGGAAGCUGCUGUCUCUGGAAGAGAUAGUCAACCCGUUUCUGGACCGCAAGGGCGCUGUGUUCGGAGCCGUGCUCAUGGCCGGCACACUGAUCGGCGUCCUGACCCUCAACGCCUCGACCACGGGGAGGGACAGCCAGCCGCCGCCGGUGUUCUACGUCACGCUGCCCGCCGCCGUCGUCAUGUUCUCAUGGGAUCUCGUCUUUGGCUGGAUCCACCGCCACGAAACGCGCGAGAUCGCCCGCCAAGGCCGAGAGGAGCUUGAGCGUCUCAGGCUGGAACAGGCGGCUCGGGAGGAGGAAGAGAUCAAUGUGCUCGCGGGUCGGAGCGCCGAGCGGUCGGCAUCGUCCGAUGGAUCCGGCUCUGCGCCCACGGGUAGCUUGGACGGUGGACCUUCUCGGAAAUCCGACCUGGAGAAUGCGUCUGCAGAUGACGAGAUUGCCGUGACGGGCAACGUGCGCGAGAAGCCGUCGGCGCCGCAGAUUUCGGAGUCGAGUGGAGCCGUCGAGAAGGGGGCGAAAGUUGAGAAACCUGGAGACACGCCAGAGCCACGGCAACGGCGUGAACGGACGACGCUGGUGUCCUUGACCAAGGAUCUCUACAGCUGGUCGCAGGAGACGUUCCCCACCGCCACGGCUGUCAUCUCGCAUCUGCCGUUCGCGCUGGUGCCGUUUGCCUUUUCCAUGUUUGUCCUGGUCCAAGCGCUGGUGACCAAGGGCUGGGUGCAGAUCUUCGCUCUGGGCUGGGACGCAUGGGUGCGGAAGACGGGGACGAUAGGGGCCAUUGGCGGGAUGGGUUUCCUCUCCGUGGUGUUGUGCAACUUCUCCGGCACCAACAUCGGCACCACCAUCCUGCUCUCCCGCGUCGUCCAGGCGUGGCAGGUCAUCCACCACUACGACGGCACGCCGCUAACCAACCGCACCUUCUGGGCGACCGUCUACACCAUGGCGCUCGGCGUCAACUACGGCGCCUUCAGCACCGCCUUCAGCGCGUCCCUCGCCGGCAUGCUCUGGCGCGACAUCCUCGCCAAGAAGCACAUCCACGUCCGCCGCCUCGACUUCGCCCGCGUCAACCUGCCCGUCAUCGCCAUCGCCAUGACGGUCGGCUGCGUCGUGCUGAUCGGCGAGGUGUGGAUCAUGAGAGACGAGAGCCCCCUGCCGUUAUGAAUCAUAGAUAUUUUUUUCUGCUCAAAUUUGUUCUUUGCUAGUUGUAUGAGAGGGCCAAGCUAUGGACAUGUUUAUGGCGGCAUGACUCAAAAAAGCAAGCGGUUUGUAUGGUUUGUCUUGAGUGUUUGCUGUUUCCUAUAGAAGCGCAAUCGGAGACUUUGAGGGCCAGAAGUCUGGCCUACUUACGUUUCGGCAUGAUCAUCUUGCCUCGGAGGGAGGGUGUAUUUGUCCUUUCUUUCGUUGGCAAUCACAUAACGUCGUACAUGAUGGUUGGUAGCAAGAUCCCAGUUGGCCAGACGUGAGCCCGCGAAGAGGCACACUCAUCUCGGUUGGCUGCGCGUUGCCCCUUCACUCCAACGCCUGUUUGCGAUUGAUUGCCAAUGAAAUUAGGGCAGGCGUGGUGCAAAGAACAAACUGCCACAUUG